UCCAUGCGAUUCCUCUCUCUUCCGGUCCUCCCUUUUCCUUUCUCCUCAUCAUUUUUUGCAGGUCUUUCUUCCCCAGAUUUGAGGACAAAAUGGCGAACUCUGCAUCUGGAAUGGCAGUGGACGAUGAGUGUAAGCUGAAGUUCUUGGAACUGAAAGCAAAAAGGAACUAUCGUUUCAUCAUCUUCAAGAUUGAGGGCCAACAGGUGGUGGUGGAGAAACUCGGCAGCCCCGACGAAAGUUACGAGGAUUUCACAGCCUCCCUCCCGUCUGAUGAGUGUCGCUAUGCUGUCUUUGAUUUCGACUUCACCACCAAUGAAAAUUGCCAGAAGAGCAAGAUCUUCUUCAUCGCAUGGUCACCAGAUUCAUCAAGAGUGAGAAUGAAAAUGGUCUACGCCAGCUCAAAGGACAGGUUUAAGAGGGAACUGGAUGGGAUUCAAGUCGAACUGCAGGCAACUGAUCCCAGUGAAAUGAGUUUUGACAUCAUCAAAGAGCGCGCCCGCUGAAUAAGACACUCCCUUCUACAAUCCUUGCUCUUCCCUUGAGUUCAUGUUUCAAAAAGAGUUGGGUUGUUUACAUAUUUGGUAUAUCUUUUAUUAUAUACGUACCGUGUUGUCUAGUUUAACGUAAUACUAUGUUGUAGUAAUUCCUCCCCUAUCUUCAAACUCAAUCUGUAAUUUUACAUGUGGCACAUUUCCUUGAGUUGGUCUUAAGACACCUUUAAAUUCUUUUUUUA